AUUGGACGCGAAUUCCAUUUCCGCUUGAUGGAAUAGCAGGAUUUGUUGGUGGAAUAGCAAUGGGGGAAAUAUUUGGGCUCACGAGCAAAUUUAGUUCAUAUUCAAUGACACAACUAAACGAAUUGCUCGAGGAUGAUGACAAGCUUAAUGAAAUUGUCAAAGAAAUGGACGAGAUGCAGGAGAUGCAGCAGACUAAGGAGAUGACUCUCGCCAGUAACCGCAGUCUUGCAGAGCAGAACCUCAGCCUCCAGCCCAGUUUGGAACAACAGAAAAUGCAGCUAACCAAGUGCUACUGCCUUUUACAGGAGCUCUAUGAGGCCUACCAGCUUCGCAAAUGCACUCUCGAUCACAACUCAGGAAAAAGCUCACUGGACACACUGUUAGCCCUGCUACAAGCUGAAGGAGCCAAAAUUGAAGAGGAAACAGAGAACAUGGCCGACUCCUUCCUCGAUGGUGAUUUGUCUCUGGACACCUUUAUCGAAAGCUAUCGGAGCAAGAGAAAGCUGGCUCAUUUGCGGCGAGUGAAGAUUGAUAAGCUACAGGAAAUGGUGCUCAAGUAUUUCCAGAUGCCACAGGAAUCAGUCGAGCGUGUUCAGUCACAGACGCCCACUUCAACUACACCCUUUCAUGGUCAGGCUAAUGGCUCCCCGGUUCCAAUGGGAGCAGCAAUUUCAUCCUCAAUUCAGUUGACAGGGCAGCAGGCCGCUUUACCCUACCCAGCAGCUCCUUACCCUCCUGUCCAAAUGCCCACCAUGGUGCCAUCCUACACGGGUCCCCUGACACAGCCGUACACACCAGCAUUUCCCCAGAGGCCCGAUCUUCCCCCAAGGACUGGCUUCAUCAUGCAGUGAAAUAAUACUCAAGUAUUUUCAAAUGUAAAUGAAUAACCUGGGCAUUUUCCCUGUUGCUAAAAAAAGAAGUUUGUUUGUAAGCACUUUGGUCUUGUACAGGUUUAUCCUUGAGUGUUGAUGGAUUAUUAAAAACUGGUCUCAUUUUUUGUUUGUUUGUAACUGCAGUCAGUAUGUUUUUCAGCAGGACAUGGCUUACUUUUGUAGACAUACAGAAAAUGGACCAGUCCAUGUUCAACUAAUUCUCUAAAGAAAAUAGUAGUACAAAUAUCUUGGAAACUAAAACCAUCAAAUGAUGGCACUGGAUCUGCAAGAAAUUCUAUUUCUUUAUGUAACCAUUUUUUACAUGGUGACUGUGGUCAGUUAAAAUUUACAAAAUUACUCAUUAGAAAUACAAAUAUGUUAAUGUAUGACAUUUUGAAGGGAAUGUAAAUUACAUAAUGAAGGAGUAUGCUGUGCAUGUAAGGAAAUGAGUAUGAUAUAUUGUCUACCAUAUUUCAACUAAAAUUUUGGAUUCAACUGACCAGCAACCAAAGACAUUCUUCCUUUCCCUCUAAAAUAAGAUUUUGUUUUGUUUUUAUUUUUUAUUUUUUUGUGGUAUUCUGAUUUAAACAUGCUGAAAACUAAACCCAUUUCAGUGCAUAUGCAGUUAGUCAUUUCCAUUUUAAUCCGUCUUAAGGCUGUAACAUUAUAAUUAGAGGUAGCGCACGAAACAUUAUUAAACUACGAACCCAUUUGAUUCAAAUCCUGAAUCAUAAGUUACAGGAUUUGUAUGUUCUAUUAUAAAUGACAUUUGUACUAUGCAUCUCUUUCGAAAUUCCUCCACUGUAAUUCCAUCCAGCAGUGGAACUCUAGGUGUCUGUACAAGUCAUGGCAAGUUGUACAGCAUUAAAUAUGUUCUAGAUAUGGGCAGGUCUCAAAAUCUACAUAUUUGACAAAAACAAUACCUGCUGUGUGAUUUCUUAUCAGUUUUGUCUAUGAUGAAAUUAUUGAGAAUGAGUAAAAUCUUGCUGCAUUCAAAUGAACAGCCAUAACUCAAGUGUGCCUUGGAGAAAAGUUUAGUUUAAUUUUUUUCUCCCUUGUUUUAGUGUCUGUCAUCCACAGAAGGUGUUGUUAUGGCAUAAUACAAAGUACUCGGUACUCUGUGGUACACUACAUAGAACACUUAAGUCAGUUAAGUAUAGUAUGUUUCAAUUGUUUUCUUUAGUGGUGAAAUUUUGAAGGUAUGUGACUUUUAUAAAAAUGCUAAUUAAAAGAAAAUCAGUUAAGUCUA